CUUAAUUCAUCCCAGUGUGAGUCUGAGACUUCUAUUUAAUGGGGGGUCUCUCUGUCCAGGAGGUGUCAGAGACGUCUCCAGGUCCAGCAGGAGCAUGGCAAAGAAUCUGGGACUGGACUUUGAGGAGACUUUCAGCAUGGAAAUGCUGCCAGAGCAAGGCAGCCUCAGGCCCCAGGCUAGAGCUGGGCUAGCAGCCAGGAGCAGCAGCAGUGGCAUGCACUGGGCUCUUACCUGCUGCCUGGUGGCACUCCCCAUCCUGAUAGGACUUACCACCUAUCUGCUCAUUUGCCAGCUCAGAGUCCAAGGCGAGGUCUGUAUGUUCCAGACUCCAAAAGCACAAGACCUAGUGCCUUCACAUCAGAGAGUUUACAGGACUCCUGAAGCUGGUAGAGAGAAGCCGAGAGCCCACCUAACAGUUGUGAAACAAUCUCAAAUCACAAACUUGAAAAAUCAGUUCCCAGCUCUGCAAUGGGAACAUGAACUUGGCUUGGCCUUCAUCAAAAACCGGAUGAACUACACCAAUAGGUUUCUGGUGAUCCCGGAGCCAGGAGAUUACUUUGUUUACUCCCAGAUCACAUUCCGAGGGACCACGCCCACAUGUGGUAAAAUUAACCAAGGAAGUCAAAUGAACAAGCCAGACUCCAUCAUCGUGGUCAUUACCAAGGUAACAGAUAGCUAUCCUGAACCAACCCAGCUCCUAAUGGGAACCAAGUCAGUUUGUGAAAUAGGCAGCAACUGGUUCCAACCUAUCUAUCUAGGGGCCAUGUUCUCCUUGAAAGAAGGGGACAAACUGAUGGUGAAUGUUAGUGACAUCUCUUUAGUGGAUUACACAAAAGAAGAUAAAACCUUCUUUGGAGCCUUCUUGCUAUAGAUGAAAAGUAGCUAUUGUGUGAAGAUUCACUGCCUCAUGGUACCUAAUUUUCCUCAUCCAUAUGUAAUUUUAACCAAGAAUUUUCUUUGAGCACUCCAUAGAAACUGUAAUUUAGUUUUGAAAUUUAGGGUCCAUGAGUUCACAUUUUAUAUGCUUUACUGGUGUCUACCAAAAAGGACUAGGAGGAGAAGGAGAAGAAUGCGUAUCACUAUGGUUGCUUGGAAGAAUAUGUUGCUAUGUUGCUGAACACUAAAUACUGAUCACUAAAUAAACAGGGUAUAUACUUGGAUUCAAAUAUGAAGAGGAACAUUUCCAAGCCAUCCUACCAGACAUUCAUCGGCAGUAAAUGCAGUUAUUGUUUAAUUUAAUUUGAAGCAUCUGCUUCAUGUCAGGAGCCUUGAACAAAAUAUACAGCCCUAGAAAACAGCAUAAACUCUUCAGAGGUUAAUCGUUAAUCUGUUUCUCUAGGACACAUUCUAAUUCCUUGCCUAAAAAAGGGAAGAGUUGUGAGUCACGUAGUAGCACAGCGGGUUAAGCGCACAUGGCACAAAGCUCAAGGACCGGCUCCCCACCUUGCCCGGGAAUCACUUCACAAGUGGUGAAGCAGGUCUGCAGGUGUCUAUCUUUCUCUCCCCCUCUCUGUCUUCCCCUCUUCUCUCCAUUUCUCUCUGUCCUAUCUAACAAUGACAACAUCAAUAACAACAAUAAUAACUACAACAACAAUAAAAAACAAGGGCAACAAAAGGAAAAAUAAUUUUUAAAAAAGCAGAGUUUUUAUGAGUGUCUUCAAAAAAUGAAAUUGAGUUUCUUAUCAUUGGUAACAAAUGAGAAAAGCUAUUUUUAUUUAUUUACACAGCAAAUAUGAGAUCCACAGACAUAUCAAAAAUUCAACAAUAGCAUUUAUUCAUCAUAGUUUUCCUGAACACCUAUAAAUUUCUGAGUGCUACCUUAAUCUAGUAGACACUGGGGGGGGGGGGAGACACUUCUCAAAAUGCGCGUAUCACAAGUGACUCCUAAUCAAAAACCAUUCAACAAGUUCCAAGAUCUAAUGGCAAGUCUUAAAAAUAUGUCAUCUGACACUAACAUAUAUUCCACAACUCUGGUGUAAACUAUUUGGCCAACUAGUCACACAAGAAACUUGAUGGAUGUGCUUAUUAAAACAGCUAAAUAUAUUUUCUGGUCAGUUACAAACUCUGAAGAAGCUCCAUAGAUCUACUUUGAGGAUUGAAUCACUCUUUAGUAUUUAGAAUGUAAUGUGGCUAUUUUUUUCUUUUUAAAUAUCGAGAGUAAUUUUUAAAAUACACAUAUCUAGUCAAUGCAAACAAUUCUUCUACCAUGGAGGCAAGGUUGGAUAUUGAGAAGUUCUUGCCUACACUUGAAGAGUUUAUAAACUAAUCUCUUUGAUUUUCCUGCACUAAAAUGUCAAAAGUAGAGCCAGUCUGUUACCUCAGCAUCUGUUGAUGUUCCUACAAAGUGAGAAUCCACCACCAAUUUGUUUCCCAGAAUAACUAUCAGAUCAUGAUGAUGAAAUGUGUUAACUUGGAGCAUCCUAUGAAGUCUAAGAGGAUAUCCAUGUGACAUAGGAAGUGACUUCCAGCUCUUCAGUCUCCAUCAUGAAGGCCCCCUUAUGUGAGAUAUCUAUCUACAGACAGAUCUCAGAGCAAACUUGACACCAAAAAUCACUUCACCCUUAUUUCCAGGAGACUUAUAAAAGUAGGCUAACUUGUAUAAAAGUACUUGAUCCAUAUCUAUCGAGCUAUAAUCAAACCACGAUUAAUUUCUGUUUUGUCAGUUGAGAGAGAUAGACACUGAGAACUUUGACUUCUCAAAAUAGUCAUUGCAGGACUCAGCAGGGCUCCAGGAGGGGUGUGGUCAUCUUCACCUGGCUCAGUGCAUUUUCAUAAAGGAAGUGAGUCUUGAAAGAAAUUGGAUGGAAAACAGAUGGCAUGAGGAAAAGGCAGCUCAACCAAAGGAAUGACCCUCUACUUAAAGCAGAAAAGAAAGGCUUCUCAGUAGUGACAAAACUAGCGUGGUACAAGAAUAAGCCCUCAAUCAACUACUCAGACAAUAUUUAUUGGUGGGUAAUGAAUACGUUUUCAUAUAAGUACUGAGCAUUAACCGAUUGCGCCACUGGAGUUCCUAUGAAUACUUUUUCAAUGGCUCUAGUCUGAUUCCAUAAUCAAGACUAACACCCCAUUAAGAAAAUAAUCAUCUCUGCAUUAAAUCACCAAUAAAUUUAAGAUAGAGGAAGGGGGUUGCAGGGAAGAGGUCAGAGCAGCCACUACAAAGAACCCUUAUACCAAAGGACCACAAAUCUGCCCACAGAGGAUCUGGUAGACUUGGAAGUUUAUCCAAGAAACAGAAAUUUCUUAAUAUCCAUAAAGACUUGAGUUUUUUAUUUGCUUUAUUUUGAUGGGAGGUCCAUAUUGUAUAUUUAUUUUGUUCCUAUCAUAAUCAUGUUUAUUGAAAAUUUACUGCAGCUGAAUUUGGCACAGAAGAUUUUGUUAAAUUCUCUGUGAAAUAUCUUCCACUUUUCAAAAAGGGCCAGCCAGAAAUCCCAAGGAGGUCAUAAAUUAGAAAUCCUGUCUGCUAGUUAUUAUCUCCAGUGCAAAAAAUAGUUCCCUUAUUUUUAAAAUAGUGAGAGAAUGCAUUUUAAAACCACAUGAUUAUCCUUUAAAAGGAGUAAAUGGGAACUAUUCCAGGAAUUGGAACAGAAUAAAGAGCAUGUAUUAGAAAAUAGUAAUUUAAGGGAUAAUACUUUAACUGAUUCAAUAUGUCUCAAAAGGGUAACUGCAAAUCAAUUUUACAAACAUUUAUUGAGUACCCUACUUGCCCUGGGGACACAAUGAUCAAUUAUUUCAGUUGCAGACAUAUUCAUUCUACUGUUGUGCACCCUCUUUAUCUGCAGAUGCUUUAUUUAGACUAUGUUAGCUAUUUAAUAGUUAACAUUAAGCACAUAGAUAUUUUCUCAUUACAAGAAUGGGUGUCAUGUGGUGAAGGAUUAUCAUUAACAAAAUGAGCUGUGUUUAUAGGGAUUUUUAAAUGGAUACUCAUUGGAACUUUUCCAUUAAAAAAGGAAAAUAUUAACCCAUUAUUUAAGUGACAUACAGAUACAGGUUAUCUGCUUGGAACACCAGCACCUAUGGCAAUAACAGAAUUUUGUAGAUAUGAUCUAGGAACACUUCAAAAAUCCUGCAUUCCUCAACAAAUAUCAUGAUCAAAAUGUUUGGGUUUGCUUACAAUUUGAUGUUAACUUGGUUAAGAUUUGUUAGAGCACAAUGGCCUAUAUUACUUUAAAAAAGAAAAAAAAAAGUCCUUAUUUGUUUGACCUAGGUACAGUGGGAUCUGAAAAGGUUUACUUUCAAAUCCUGAAAUGCAUAUAAUUCAGUUCAAUAACAGGGCAAGCUAGAGACCUUUGCUACUUGUGAGUCUAAGCUACCUCACCCCCAGAGGAAAUUCCACCUCUGUGCUUGUCAAUAACUCUUCUGAUUUAUCAAAGUUUAAACAGUUCACUGUGCAUGAGACAUAUCCAUUUCCAACAUUCUCUUAAAGGUAUUUUCCCAAGCCCUUUCCUAAUUGUCUUUCUAUGGUUACAACACUGGAGGUUCAGGACAGAUUGUUUAUAUUCUGCAUCUUGAAAAAAACACAUACAGAAAACUGCCUCAAUUUUUUUUACCUUCCUAAGGUUCAGAAUCUUGAAAUUUUUUGCCAGUUUUAUCAGAAUUUUUAAAAAUUUUGCAUCACUUUCCUAGUUAUUGUGUCACAUUGGCCAUUGGGCCUAGAGAAAUUCAGAACACUGUUAACUCCUGACCACUUUUGCUACCACAGUGAAAGAGUAUUAGAUGAGUCUCAUCUGUUCCACUAUGACAACCAUGUUUACAACUUCUAAAGCUCUGGGGCAUAUUUGUUCCUUGUCUUUUCCAACACCUUCAUAUUUUUAAAAUACUUUUUUUUAUAACAAAGAGACAGAUACAAGCACUGCUCUGUUAAAUGUAGUGCUAGGGACACUCAUGUCUACUAUCCAUUGACCCACCUCUUCAGGCCCCCAUUUUAAGAGGCAAACACCAUGCCAGUCAAUACAGAAUUUACUUGUUCAGAGCCACAGAAGAAUUUAAAGACAGGUCAAGUGCUAGAAUGGCUAGAAUUCCAUUCUCCUGAAUCACAUUCAUCUGCUCACCCUCUGGUCUCAGAAAAUAGUAUUCAAAAAGAAAAUAUUAUUCAUUUUAAUUUCUAGAGAAGAAGUUGUAAGAAGACAUUAAAAGGAUCAUUAGAUACCUGUGGGGUGAUGUAGCCAGGGGAAGAGACUUCCUCCAUGUCUACCUAGAGCAGGGGUAGAGAAUAUUAAAGCCAUGGACAGACUGCACAAUCAUUUGGUCUGGCACCGCCAGGGUAACUUCAGGCAAGACCUGAAAUUCAGUACAUCUAGGAGCUUUUUUCAUAGCAACAUGAAGUAAGAAUUUGUAGGUUGAUUUUUUUUUUAAUGGAAUAAAGUUUUAAACAUCCAAAUGGCCCUUGACAGAAAAAAAAAAAAAUUUACUCACCACCACCCUAGAGAAAACUUGGACUCAGGAAUCUCAGUUACAAGGUUACCUCUGACUAUAUACCUUUAUAAUUUCAUACCCAAGAAGAGUUUCUCCCAAAAAUAAUAAUGACUUCAGACUAAUUUCUCAUUCUCUGGAAAUAUCCAAACAAAGCAAGGGUUUUCCAGAAGUCAUUGCAGUGAGAGGAGGAAUUAAGGAGGAAUUAAGUCAAGGGAUUUCUUAGAGCUUUUCCAAAUCUGUGAUUAUCUGGUCACUUUUAGUAGACUUCCACAUCUUCUGAUUGAUCAUUAAGAACAUGACAAGUGGGAGUCGGGCUGUAGUGCAGCGGGUUAAGCGCAGGUGGCGCAAAGCACAAGGACCGGCAUAAGGAUCCCGGUUCGAACCCCGACUCCCCACCUGCAGGGGAGUCACUUCACAGGCGGUGAAGCAGGUCUGCAGGUGUCUAUCUUUCUCUCCUCCUCUCUGUCUUCCCCUCCUCUCUCCAUUUCUCUCUGUCCUAUCCAACAACGACAACAACAAUAAUAACUACAACAAUAAAAAAAAGCAAGGGCAACAAAAGGGAAUAAAUAAAUAAAAUUAAA